AUGGAGGCUCAUGGGAGAGGAGAAUGGCAAGAAGAUCAGCAAAAUCAACGAGGAGUGAAGCUGCCGGAGGCUCAAAUGUCUCGCCACCAACCUCCGCCGCCACAAAGGUGCCCUAGGUGUGAUUCGGACAGCACAAAGUUCUGCUACUUUAACAAUUACAGCCUCUCUCAACCACGUUACUUCUGCAAGGCUUGCAGAAGCAAAGCCCCGUCCUCAUCGUCUUCGACCGGCGGUGAGAGGGUAAGAACGCAACCUCUAAAACCAGCGUUUCCUCCGCAGAAUUUUACAGGUAUGGCGGAUGGGGUUUCGGAGAAUUCUGGGACCAAAUCUCUGAGGGCCUUGCCUUCAAUGGGUCCCUUCUAUUCUGGUGGAGAAUUCUUGUCUAUGGCUUCCAUGCGAUCCCUAAAUCAGCAGCCAAGAAUCAAUCAAGUGCCGGUUAAUAUGGGUGGUGGUGCGAGCAUGGCACUUAUGCAAGGUCUGAAUCAUCCAGCGGGACAAGUCCAGCCUCAGAAUCAAACUAUGGCAUCACAGCAAUACGUUGUUCCGGAAACGCCCCUUAGUUCUUGGACUCCAAACUAUAUAAGCAACGCCACCGGUUCAGCCUCGAACCCCAAUUUCUGGAGCAACGCCAACGCUGGAACCACCAACAACAGUGGCGGAAUGGGUUCUUCGAUCAAUCCCAAUCAAUGGCCUGAUAAUCUUCCCGGCUACAAUCCGUCUCAGUGA